CACACAGUUUGCUGUUUUGUUGUUCGACUUGCAAAAAACUGUUGUAGGAGAGCGAGCUAAUUUAAAAGUCCAUUUAAAACAGGCCAAAUCAAAUGAAAACGCUGCCCAGCCGUUACUUUUAAUAACUGAUGCACGUGUGAAUUGAAGAUCAGUGACAGGAGCCACGACCAUCCCGCCGCUGGACAUUCGAAGAGACGGAGACUGGAAAAUCAAUCAGCCGCUAUCCUAUGCUGUUUAUUGUGUGUGUGCGAGAGAGUCGGCUGCAGUUGUGCAUUUAAUUAAAACCUAAGCCACUCCGAAGCCAGAGUUGGAGUCAUUGCGGGCGUUGGCUUUCACUCGAGCGACGUUGGGCGAAGACGCGUGCACAGGCAUCCAAAUAAGGUGAACCAGUGAAAGCUGGCCGAGAUCUCUUUGUUCAAGGUCAUUGGCAACCCCACACCAUGGCCAUCAGCUUCGAGAAGAAUCGCUCGCAAAUCGUGGCCGCCUGGAAGGAUGUGCUGAACGACAAGAGUGACACCAAUUGGUCCCUGUUCGGCUACGAGGGCCAGACCAACGAAUUGAAGCUCGUUGGCUCCGGAGACGGCGGUGUGGAGGAGCUGAGCGAGGACCUCAACAGUGGCAAGAUCAUGUACGCCUUUGUGCGUAUUGAAGAUCCAAAAACCGGCCUGAAUAAGUACUUACUCAUCAACUGGCAGGGUGAAGGCGCACCUGUGCUACGCAAGGGCACCUGCGCCAACCACAUACGAGACGUCAGUAAUCUUUUUUCCGGUGCCCACCUGACAAUCAACGCCCGGAAUGAGGAUGACAUCGACCUGGAGCGCCUACUGAAGAAACUGAGCGCCGUCAGCUCUGCCUACAGCUUCAAGGAGCCACGCGGCACUAUGGAAGAGCAGAAGGCGCCGGUGGGAACAAACUACACGCGCGUUAUCCCAACCAAGGAGCUCAAUGCCAGCGUUAUGCAGGACUUUUGGAAAAAAGAAGAGGCCGAAGAGCAGCGUCGCUUGGAGUCAGAGAAGGAUGCCAAACGUGUGGAGCUGCAGAAGCUCGAGCAGGAGGUUCGCAGCCGCGAAGAAAAGGAGCACAAGGAGCGGGAGAAGCUAGUCAUCAGCACCACCAAGCUCCAGCCGGCGCAUGUGCCCAUCAAAACCUCCCCGCAACCGCUGAGCCCCGAGAAAACCGCACCAGGAUUUGGCAACAACUUGACGGAUGCAGAGCGCAUGCGUCAGGCACGAAAUCAGGAGGCUCGAGAAUUGAUUGGCUCGCGUGUCGGCGCUGCCAAGGCCAUGUUUACCAAGCACACCAGCGAGGGUCAACUGCAAUCCAAACUCAACACGCAACCGCCGGCGAAACCAGCACGCAAUUCGAUUGCCCAGCGAAUAAAUGUGUUCAACCAGAACCAGCCUCAGGAAGCCUCUGUGCCUUCACCACCACGCGAUGUGUCGCCCAUCAAACUGCCAGAAGUAGUAGAAGUAGAGCCUGCUGCCCCAGUCGCUGCUGCUGUUGCUGCUGCCCCGGUGGCCGCUGAAGUUGUCUCGACCAUAGCCGAGGUGGAGGCCGAGACGCAGCCGGUAGACGACUUGCCCCUGGCCCACGAGAGCGAACAGUUCUCGACCAUCAAACGAUCGCCGCACAGUAAAACCAACUCGCUCCAGUCGCAGUCGCCGGACGAGACAACGUCUUCCAAUGAGACGGACACGGCUGUGUAUCAGGAUGAGGAGGAGGUGCGCACCAAAGUGUCCGUCACAGUGCAGCAGUCGCAGUCGACCAAGACGGGCGCCCUUAGCACUUUGGAACGGAAUACAUUGACCGAUUUGGUUAACGAGGACGACUUCAUAUGCCAGGAGAGCCUGGGGGAUCUGGGACUGCGUGCCCGAGCACUGUACGACUAUCAGGCAGCCGACGAGUCGGAGAUCACAUUCGAUCCGGGGGAUGUCAUAACGCAUAUCGAUCAAAUCGAUGAGGGAUGGUGGCAGGGCCUCGGCCCUGAUGGAACCUAUGGACUGUUUCCGGCAAACUAUGUCGAGAUCAUCAACUAAGCAGCGACCCAAGUGCCAAGCAGCUGGGCCACCUUUUUGCUAGAUAUCUACAUACAUCCCUACUUUAUGGAACAGGAAGAGAACUACUUAACAUAUAAUCCCCACUCUUGAACAAUAAUGCAACACAGAGAGAACCUAGAGGAGAUUCAACGAUGACUAAAUACGACUAUAAGGCGAUUUCUAUCGUACAUCACGUCUGUUUUUUUUACAUACAUAUAUUACAUAGUACUACUUUAUCUUUAUAUAACGCGUACAUACAUAUAUACUCGAUGCGAUGCCACAUAUGCGACCCCAUCUGUGUAUGUGUAUACAUACUUAUUAUUAUAUGAUUGUUUGACUUUUGAUUGUCAAAACCAUGUUGCGUCCUUUUAAAAUGUUCUUAAUAUACGAGUGCAUACAGUGUAACCACUACUUAGUCAGUAUUUAAGCCCCCUCUCCAUCAACAUCCCCAUAUCCAUAUCCAUCCCCAUCCCCCAUCCCAUCCCAUCCGGUGAUCCCGGACUCUGUAUACAUAUGUAUUUAGAUGGAGAGGCCUUUGUAACCUUUCGAUAAUAAACUUUGAUAAUUGUGCAACAAUA